UUAACCGCAACUCUUACAGAUAGGUCAGAGAUAUUCUUAUUCUUCAUAUUUGAUUUUGUUUUUAGUUUGUUAAUUUGUUCAUAUUUUGCUUGUUUGUUUGCUUGUUUGUUUAAAGAGAAGGUAAAUUAGACGCAUUUUAAAGUUUCGAUAAAACGACAAAUCAACGCAGGUUCAAAUUAUUUUUGUUUACAGGUCUGAUGGUUACCAUAAAUGCCGUUGAUCAGUGCGAGGCCGAUAUAGUCAGCUGCCUAUUUAUGGUGAUGGGAAGGGUUAUGAUGCACGGGGACACAGAUGAAAAGCUCCUGGCAUAUGCCCGAUCCGCACCUGUCGACGAAUUGUGCAGAAUUUUGGAGAGCGGCAGUCACUGUGCCCAGUACGCCCUGGACACCAGCUGCGUCUCACAGGACGUGGAUAGAGAGGUGUAUGCUUACAUGGCGGGGGUCAACUACGCCUGUAGUCCGGAGGGCCGUCAAAUGAUGGCAACGGUGCAACAGUCCCCUUGUCUUCAGGAUGUCUCUUUGUACCAUCAAAUGUCAAGAGCAGAGAGGAAUUGUACAUCCAGGCAACGUGAGGCUGUGGAUUCUCUCACUACUGAGGGCGGUAAAGGGAAAGAAACGCCAGCUGACCCUGAUGUGGUUUGCCCAAUCAUAGAAGAGAUGGAAAAUUGCAUGACGACAAACAUUAUCAGUGUGUGUGGAGCUACGUUUGGGCAGUUGAUGGACAAUAUUGUUGCAGUUAUGGGGCCUUCACAAUAUGGAGUAGACUGUGUGGAACGUCGACGUCGAGAGAGUACAUUUGCCAGGCGAACUCUUUGGAGUCUCCUUGGACAGUACAAGGAAAGGAUACUCGGAUAAAUCCUACACUGAUGCACACGCUGGCUGAUUGGUCGGAAUUGGAUAAGAAAGAGAGAAAAACAAUAGUAUGGGAAGGUGGGGAAAUUCCACACUCGCACUUACAGCCCUUAGAACCAACAGGAAUCUGUUUGACAUUCAGCUUUAAUAAUUUUGCUUCUGUCUGCUUUGUUUUAUUUUUCAAAUUAGCUUUAAUUUCUUGUAUGGCUGUCUUUUUAUUUUCAUUUUGGCAUGUGUGCUCAUGUUGAUGUGGAAUUGCCCCCCAAUAUUAAACUUUUCAUUAAGUUGAACAAUGGAAGUAUGAGGGUGGUGAUAUCAUAGAAUUCAUAUUAAUGUUUUGUUUCUUAACUUAUCAGACCCAAAGUUAAACUGUUGAGGAGGAUGUGUCAUCUUUCUACAUAAAGUAGCUUCUACAACACUUGUCUCACAAUCCAAUUGAAAAGUAUGGUGUGGAAUUCCCCCAUUUUACUAUAAUAUAAUGUCAAACAAUAAAGUGAUUAGAAAACCAUAAGAA